AUGCCGAUCAAGGUGUUCAUGAGGGACGCGCCUCAGCGCGCCAUCGCCCUCAGCACAGAGACGCACGUCUUGAUCUUCCGGCAUAGUCCGUCUACAUUCAGCUCGAAGACGAACGCGUCCACACAGUCCUUCGCAGACGGCUCGCCUCCGAAAUGCAUCGUCGAAUUCUCGCCAUGGGACGCCGAGGGCCUGGAUAUGAGCGACUACCGCACCCUGCCAUCGCUGGACACGAAAGGCACCCUUGGUCUCAUCACAAUCAACGGCGACAUCUUCCUCGCCGUUGUGGCGGACAGCAAGAAGGCGGCAACGGUGCGGCCUGGAGAGACCGUCCAGCAGAUCCGCAACGUCGAGUUCCAUUGUCUGAGCAGUGGCGACUACGAUCACCUGCUUAAUAGCCAGGUGAAUCCAUUCCCGGGCGACGGCAUGGACACCGACGGCUUCGAGCCUCCCAUCAACAGAGACACGGCCUUUGAGCAUCCCUGCCUUGCUCUUAAGAAGCUGCUGAGCGGUGGUAGCUUCUACUACAGCACCGACUUCGAUCUCACUAAGAGGCUACAAGACAGACCGACAGAUUCUACGACUGUCGCGCUUGAUAGCUUAGAUGCUGGGUUUCUCUGGAACACACACAUGAUCCAGCCCCUGGUUGAGUUCCGGUCACGGCUGGCGGAUCGCGAGAAAGCCGCUCUGGAUCAGUCUGGCAUCCUCACUUCUGCUAUGCGCGGAUUUGCAGCGACAGUCAACGUCCCGGCUUCUUCCUCUCCGCUCAGGUAUAAUGACAUCGGUAUGCCAUCGACUAUGACUCUCAUCUCUCGCUUGUCAUGUCGGAGAGCCGGCACUCGGUUCAAUGCGCGAGGAAUAGAUGACGACGGCAAUGUGGCGAACUUCGUAGAGACAGAAACGAUCUUCUGCACCGACCAGCUCUGCUUCUCGUAUGUGCAGUGCAGAGGAAGCGUGCCACUGUUCUGGGAGCAACAGUCCGGCCUUCCAACACAGCAGAAGAUCCAGAUUACACGAUCACCAGAAGCAACCAAGCCAGCUUUCGACAAGCACUUCGAAGGGCUGGUAAAAGCAUACGGCGACGUCUACAUCCUGAACCUGCUAAGCGACGAGAAGCCCCAAGAAGCACAGCUCAUCCGUUUCUACGAGUCGCAAGUCCAGGCAAGCGCGCUAAAUGAGCAUCAAGGGAGGAAUGCUGAGACUGAGGAGCACAAGCAUCUCCAGUCGCUCACAUAUGACUUCCACUCCGAGACACGAGGGAACUAUGAUGCUGCAAGAGGCAUUCGGAGAUACAUACUUGAGUCAGCUAUGGCGUUUGAGUACUUCUUGACGGAAGACACGGUGGAGAAGGUGGGCAAGGGGGAACGAAAGCACUCUGUCUACGGUCAGAACGAGGUAUUGACGCAAAAUGGAAUCUUCCGCACGAACUGCCUCGACUGUCUCGAUCGCACGAACGUGGUCCAAACGAAUCUCUCCGAGAUGAUGCUCGAGAUUUUCCUUAAGCAGCAGGGUGAAGAUCGGCCAACAUCAGACUUCUGGGCGAGACACGGCAUGCUCUGGGCGGACAAUGGCGACACGCUAGCAAAGAUAUACACGGGCACGGGCGCGCUCAAGUCAUCAUAUACAAGAGCCGGCAAAACAUCCUUCGCCGGCCUCUUCGCAGACGCCCGCAAGUCGGUGCAAAGACUAUACAUCAACAACUUCGAGGACAAAGGACGUCAGAAUACCAUCGACAUGCUCCUCGGACGUCUCGUCGGGCAACAGCCCGUCACACUUUUCGACCCGAUCAACGACUGGGUCACGGCAGAGGUCGGCCGAAGGGCUCCGGAGUAUACUUCCGCUGAGCAGAUAAACAUUUGGAUCGGCACGUUCAAUCUUAAUGGUAAGACUGAAGGUGUUGGAGAAGAUCUCUCGCCAUGGCUGUGUCCGGAUAUCGAACAGGAGCUGAGGCUGCCGGAGAUUUACGCGGUGGCGUUUCAGGAGAUUGUGCAGUUGGAUGUGCAGCAGAUCAUGGCUACAGAUCCGCAUCGGAGGCAGGUUUGGGAGGAUGCGGUCAGGAAGACGUUGAAUAGAAAUGCGAAGAGGUUUGGAGGAGAGGAUUAUGUGCUGUUGAGAGGAGGACAGCUUGUCGGUGCUUCGCUGUCUGUGUUCGUCAAAGCCAGCGUUCUGCCGCUCAUCAAGAAUGUGGAGGGCUCUGUGAAGAAGACCGGCAUGAGCGGCAUGGCUGGCAACAAGGGUGCUGUGGCCAUCCGAUUCGAGUACGCAGACACAUCGAUCUGCCUCGUAACGGCUCACCUGGCCGCUGGCUUCCAGAACUACGACGAGCGGAACCAAGACUACCGCACCAUCAGCGAAGGGCUACGUUUCCAGCGGGAUAGAUCUAUCUCAGAUCACAAGACCAUCAUCUGGUUCGGCGACUUCAACUACCGCAUCGGCAUGGGCAAUGAGCGAGCCAGACAUCUCGUUGAGAAGCGUGAUCUGGGCACACUCUACGAGAACGACCAGCUGAACCUGCAGAUGGUGCACGGCUUGACCUUCCCUCACUACUCAGAGAAGACACCAAGUUUCCUGCCCACCUACAAGUUCAAUCUCGGAACAGACGACUACGACACCUCAGAAAAAGCCCGUAUCCCGGCAUGGACCGACCGCAUCCUCACCCGCGGCGAUAACCUUCGCCAGCUCUACUACGACUCCGCGCCCCUCCGCUUCUCAGAUCACCGCCCGGUCUGGGGUCUCUUCAAAUGCACAAUCAACGUCAUCGACCAGGCGAAGAAAGACCAAAUCUCAGGCGAGCUCUACCUCAAGCGCCGCGAAAUGAUCGGAGACCACGUCGCCAACCAGAGAACAGAGGAUAGUGACCUCGAAUCUCUCGUCGGCUACGACUCCAUUGCGCCUGGCUUACCGCCUGCGAGCUCCGAUAAGCGGAAAUGGUGGCUUGACAACGGCAUGCCUGCUCGGUCAAACAUCCAACCUCCGAAGAACCAGCAAGUGCCCAACCCAGCACGCCCUCCGAACCCCUGGACACCAACUUCAGAACCCGAUUGGGUCGAAGUGGACAAACCACCUCCCAUCCCCUCUCGUACACCCUCAGUCUACAGCACCGCUUCCCGCACCGACACCAUCCGAAGCGAGAUCCCAUCUCGCAAAGCCGCGCCACCACCCGAGCCCCUCCCUCCCCGUCCCGCUACCUUCCACACAGACGGCCCCUCCGACUCCGACAACCGCGUGCACCUAAAGCACACCCUCCGCAAACCCGCUCCCCCGCCCAAGCCUGCGAAGCCGAGUCUUCUCCGCGGCGAGAGCACGCAGAGUACGGCGAGCUCGAGGGCUGCGGUGGCGCCGCCGGUGCCUGCGCCGCGGAGAGGCGGUGCGCCGGCUGAGAGAGGGGGCGGGAACGGUGGUGGGAAUCCGCCGUUGCCGCCUAGACGGGCGACGGGGCUGAUGGAUGAGGCUGGGGGUGAGGAGUUGAAGGGGUGGGAGGCGCUGAAGCCUUCGUAG